AUGGCCAAAAGAUUCUGGAACUUGCGAGGUCAAGCUUUGUCUCUCGCUCAAAUUCUUACAGUUGUUUGUCCGGCUUACGUCCUAUUUGGAUAUAAUCAAUCUGGACUUGGAAGUCUCACAUCAUUGUCCGACUGGGUCAAACACUUUCCUGAAAUCGACACAAUCAACACGACCGGGGUCCAGAAGAGCCACAAUGCAACAAUCCAAGGGGUUGUUAUUGCAACAUUCACACUGGGUGCGCUACCAGGCUGUCUCUCCUGCUCAUACACUGCGGAUAAAUUCGGUCGACGCCCAGUCAUAUUCAUGGGUGGUCUUCUGGCUUUGAUCGGUCAGGUGGUAGAAGCAUCCGCUUUCCAACUGGCCCAGAUGAUUAUAGGUCGAACAAUUCUCGGAGUUGGCAUUGGCAUGCUAAGUGGUACGGUUCCAACUUGGCAGAGUGAAUGCGCAAGCUCAAAAAAUCGGGGAAAGCAUGUUGUAUUGGAUGGGCUUUUCAUUGCCCUCGGGUACAUGUUGCAAGCUUGGAUCAACCUUGGCUUUUAUCAGUUCAAAUUGGGCCCGGUGACCUGGCGCGCUCCUACAGCAAUCCCCAUUGUCUUUGAAAUUGUUCUAAUAAUUUCAAUCAUCUUCCUACCUGAGUCUCCUCGGUGGCUUGCUCGACAAGGUCGCACCGAAGAGGCAAGGCUAUCCCUUGCUUCGUUCAGAGAUGCCAAUGAAGAUGCGCCCACCAUCACGGCAGAGCUUGCAGGAAUCGAGAGCUCUCUUGAAGAGACAGCCAAUAGUGCAACAUCCCUCAAAGAUCUACUCACAAUGGGAGAAGACCGCCUGCUAUAUCGUUUCGGCAUAUGCAUCUUAUUGCAGUUCUUCCAACAAAUGUCUGGUGGCAAUCUGAUAUCAGUAUAUUCCACAACAAUAUUUGAAUCAGGAUUGUCCCUUGAUGCACAGACGUCCCGUCUUCUUUCUGGUGGUGUCCUGACCUGGAAGUUCCUUUCUUGCUUUGUCUCCUUCUUUACUAUCGACAGAUUGGGCCGUCGAUUUGCAUUGAUGGUAAGCGGCACCGGCAUGGCUACCUGUAUGUUAGGCCUGGCCGUCGCAACCUCCUUUCCCAGCUCGAACUAUGCCGCCCAAAUAUUCAGUGUUCUUUUCGUAUUUCUAUUCAAUUUUUUCAUUCCAAUUGGAUUUCUAGGGGCUAAUUUCCUUUACUGCACGGAAGUUGCUCCCACUCGGCUGCGCGUUGCUAUGUCGAGCAUAUCAACUGCCAAUCAUUGGCUUUGGAACUUUGUGGUUACUAUGAUAACACCGGUCGCAAUCGACACUAUCGGGUACAAGUAUUAUAUUGUUUUUACUUGCAUUGGAUUCUGCAUCCCCCUAUCCAUAUAUUUCCUAUAUCCGGAGACCAUGGGACGUACCCUCGAAGAGAUUGACUUAAUAUUCCGGGAAAGCCCAUCUAUUUGGGCGACUGUUAGAUAUGCCAAGCAGCACCCCGGACAUGAUGGGCUCGGUAAUCAAGAUGAGAAAACACGAUUCGGCCACGAGGAAAAAUGUGAAAUAGCCAUGAGCGAGCGUGUCAGUGAUUGA